AUGAUUCCCAUAACUUUCCGAAACUUUCAUUUUCAUCUCAAUGAAUUCGAGCAAAGACUUGAGCUUGGCGGUGGCGCUCAGGGAAGAGUUUUCUACGAUAGGUUGCAGAACCGGGAUGUGGCAGUAAAACAAAUCGAGGAUCCGGAAGAGACUUUUCGAGAAGCCAACAGACACAGAUAUGUCAAAGAUUGCAAAUUUAUCGUUGAAAUACUCGGCGUCGCCUUUGAUGGAAAUGAUAUUCCGAGGGGACUCGUGUUGGAGUUGUGCCAUGAGAGCACUCUUCAUAAUGAUACGUUU